AUGAUUUCCAUAAACAAGUUGCUUAUAGGGGCAUCUGCCUUUAUUGGUUAUACUUUUGCUGCUUACACAAAUACUUCAAGCUCAAUCACUACUAACAAUGCUACUUUUUCAUCAAUCAAACUGGUUGAUUCUUACACAAAUGAUGUAAACUGUUCUGAUCCAAGCCACUGGUUUUUAAUUGAGGCUCAAGUUUCUGUUCCACAAGGUAAUAGUUCAGAUAUUUAUAUGUCCGUCCCAGAUGCUUUUACAUCCUUUCCUUCCGAAUCCUUCGAUUUACUCUAUAAUUCAGCUGUUGUUGGUACCGUAUACAACAAUAAUUCGAAUAUCUUCACUGUUUCUGUUAACGAUAAUGUAGAAGAAGCUGGUAUUGCUAGUUUCAACUUUUUGGCUAAACUAACUUCCGAUGCCAAAGAAUUGAUCACUUCUCCAAAAGAUAUCACUUAUGAAUUCAACGUGUCUUCUGGAAAUGUUUUUGACUCAACUAUCUCCUAUAUCGCCAAGGAUAUCGAGUCUGUAUCUACUAAUGGUGGCAUUUUUAGUGAAAAUAAUACUGCUUGGUUCACUGCCGAUGUCCCACUAUCGAUGGUUGCCGAGUCCUUCGCCUUCGAAGCUGAAUCAAAUAAUGGCGACUAUGAGUUCAAUACAGAAUUAACAACUUUUGAAAUCGUUACAGCUAUGGAUGCCUUUAAUAAUCCAACUAAAUUUUCCACCCUAACUGCCGUUGAUGAUGGAUCGUCCUCUGCCAAGAUUAGUUGCUCAAUAAGUACCCAAAUUAGCGGUGGUCAAUAUAUCCGUAUCACUUACUAUUCUGAUGUUCUUUCAGAAAGUUCUAUAACCAACUUAGCUACCUUCUCAUACACAAAUGCUGGCAGCACUCUACAAAAAAGAGGCACGUUAAUUUCUGAAGUUUCUCAACUCUUCAGUGAAAGUGAAGCUAAUAUCGAAGAUGUUUCAUCAGUAACCACUACGGUUGAAUCUUCCUCUUCUUCCAUUAUUUCAUCCAGUUCAAUAGGAUCUGCAAUCUCAACAUCAAGAAUAAGCAGUUUAUCCCAAAGUAGUAUAAUCUCUUCAGUAUCAAGUGUUCCAACUUCUACCAGUAAAAUCUCGGUUCAAAGUGUUUCUUCCGUUAACAAAAACACUACAUCUAGCUCACAAGCGCAGACCUCCAUCCUAUCUACCAAGGUUAGUACAAAUGAAUCUUACUAUCAAACUGUUACUUCUUCAGAUACGAGUCCUGCUCAGGCUACGGCUACAAAUUCCCAAAGCAGUCUAUCUUCUAACAACGAAAAUGAGAUCUAUGUUAACGGUACUUUAGAAUCCUAUACAAUAAUUACUACCACGGAGGGUGCAAUCAUUACAGAAAUUGGUGAAUAUGUUGCCGUCGGUACUUUAAGUUCAAGUGCUCCGGUUACUACCACUCCUAGUACCUCCAAUGCCGCUGCAAUUUUUUCAAGCGAGACUAUUAUGGGAGAAAUAGAAUCCACUUUAACUAUUGGAGCUGACGUUACAACAUACGAUUCUUUGUUGGGAGGCUCUGUGAUCAAGACGGCUACAAACGGUAAUCAAUCAGGUAAUGAAGUAACCCGAGUUUCUUCAGGUGCAGUCGAAACGACAAUAAGUUUAGGAGCUGACGUUUCAAUAUACGAUUCUUUAUUAGGAGGAUCUACGAUCAAGACAGCUACAAGCGAUAACCAAUCAGGUAAUGAAGUAACCCAGGUUUCCUCAGGUGCAGUUGAAACAACGAUAAGUUUCGGAGCUGAUGUUACUACCUACGAUUAUCUAUUAGGUGGCUCUCCCUUGAAUACUGCAUUUACUUCUAAUGCUACAUCUGUCAUUACCGAAGUUGGCGAAGCUACUGUCACAUCUACUGCCCAAGUAGUUACGUACACUUCUAAUUUAGGUGGUUCUGUUAUUUCGUCUCCAAGGGACUCUUACGGUACUACAAUUACCGGGGCCAAUAAGGCAACUGUCACCGAAGAUGCUCGUGUUACCGCGUAUGCAUCACUGUUAGGCUUCUCAUCCAUAAAUUCUGACCCAGAAUCACGUAUUGAAACACAUUUGAGUAAUGCUACCGUUUCUUAUGCUGCACAAGUCACUUCAUACACUGAGUUUUUGGGCGGAUCAGCCAUUGCUACUUCUAUUCAACAAGAAAAUACUACAACCAUAAAUGGUCAUUUUACAGAGGCAGCCACCAAAACUGCUACCUUUAAUUUAAUAACAAGUUCUUCAAGCUUAGUCACAAGUUCAAUAAAACUAAGUUCCACAUCCUCAUCAGUACAUACAACAGGUACCAUACAACUAUAUGAGGCAUCUGCUGAUAAACUAAAAGCCGGUGUAUCUGUAGUUUUUGUUGGGCUCCUAACUUUAUUAUUCUAA